ACUCAGAAUGCGAAAGCGAUUUUUUCAAUUUUCAUUGAUUUUUGUAAACAAAGCCUAAAAGAUUCUAUAAAAAACCUUAAGAAAUAAAUAAAAACAAACAGACAAACUUCUGUUUGAAAGAAAUAAGAAAAAAGAAUUAAUUAAAAUUAUAAUGAAUUUGAAAAAUGUUAAACAUGAAGAUAUAAACAUCAGUGUGCCCUGGGGCCACAUCGCUGGACGUUGGUAUGGAAAUCGUAGUGUAAGACCCAUAUUGGCAUUACAUGGUUGGCAAGAUAAUUUAGGAACUUGGGAUCGUCUUAUUCCCCUGUUACCCCAGCAUAUAGGAAUGAUGUGUAUAGAUUUUCCUGGUCAUGGCAGAUCCUCCAAAUAUCCGAAUGGCAUAACCUAUCAUAUGAUUGACUAUGUGGACACAAUCCUACUAAUUAUGAAAGAAUACAAUUGGAAGAAAGUCUCCAUAUUAGGUCAUUCUUUGGGAGGUAUUAUAGGUUUUAUAUAUACCUCUCUCUAUCCUCAAACAGUUGAUAUGCUUAUACAGCUAGAUAUUAUAAUGACACCGAUAAGAAGCCCUGAUUAUAGGCUAAAGAAACUAGUAAUGGGCACAGAAAAACUCUUAAUUGAAAAUGAGCGUUUAGAAAGAUUAAAUUUAGAAGAACCUCCUUCAUAUUUUUAUGAAGAAUUAGAAGAAAAGCUAUAUUUAGGUUCUAACAAAUCAAUUGAGAAAGAAAAUUGUAAAUAUUUACUCAAUCGUAGUAUUAAUGCAUCUCAAUUGAAUCCAGGAAAAUAUUAUUUUUCACGUGAUGGUCGCAUAAAAUACUAUCAUGAAUUCAAUCCUACUCUAGAAUUAAUUGAAAUUAUGACUAAACGUUUGAAAAGUGUCAAUCAUUUGGUGAUUAAAUUUAAUAAAUCUGAUUAUAUAGAAAAUUAUAUGUUGGAUUUAGUUCGCAAAAACCAUUUAAAUAUGGAGUUUAACGAAGUAGAAGGUACCCAUCAUGCCCAUUUAAAUAAUCCCAAAGAGGUGGCAGCUAAAAUUGUUCCAUUUAUUUUGAGAUUUAUGCCAGAAACGGAUAUGACUACAAGAAUACAAAGUAAAUUAUAAAAGAUGAUAAUUAUU